AUGCGUUAUUCUGCUAUCAUUGCCGGUGCUGUGGCUGCUGGAGUCGUCUCCGCGCACGGAAACCUUGACCAGGAAAUCGCUGUUCGCCGGGCCAUGCUCCAGCACACCUCUCGCAACCUCGAGCACUGCGCAGCCAAGCUCAAGACCCGUGGGCUCGAGGACCGCGCCAUUGAGCGCCGUGCCAACAAGAGGAAUGAGUUGGUCAAGAAGCGCAACAUCAAGGCUCGCGAUCUCGCCACUGUCCUUGCCACCGACCACAACGCGACUGACACUGGCUUCACUCUCAACACACCGGAGGCAGAUGUGUUUGCGUCGUACACUCCUUGCAUCCUUACCGCCGAGGGUGAGAGUGGCCCCUACUACGUCGCCGGCGAGUACGUCCGUGAGGACCUCGUCGAUGACCAGGAGGGCGUCCCCGUCCACUACGACUUCCAGAUCAUCGACGUGAACACUUGCGAGCCCAUCGUCGGCUCCUACUUUGAGAUCUUCAGCUGCAACUCCACCGGAGUCUACUCCGGGACCACCAACACCGGCAACGGCAACACCGAGGACACCUCGGUGCUCGACAAGACCUUCCUCCGCGGCCUCCAGCCCACCGACGAGGAGGGCGUCGCCUCCUUCAACACCCUCUUCCCGGGCCACUACGCCGGCCGCGCCGUCCACAUCCACACCAUCCUGCACGAGAACGCCACCGUCCGCGAGAACGGCACCGUCUACGACCUGACCGCCUCGCACAUCGGCCAGACCUUCUGGGACCAGACCGUCCGCGACCAGGUCGAGCUGCUCUACCCCUACAACACAAACACCCAGUCCAACACCGCCAACGCCGGCGACCGCGUCAUCGCCUCCGAGACCGAGACCAACGGCACCACCGACCCCUUCCUCAACUACGUCCAGCUCGGCGACAGCAUCCAGGACGGCUUCCUCGCCUGGGUCGUCCUCGGUGUCAACACCAGCCUGAGCGCCUCCACUAUCUCCCCUGCCGCGGAGUACUAUGCUUCCGGUGGUGUUGAGGUCUCUGUUACCAACUUCUAA